CCUGGGCUCUGAGCGGCGGCGGCCGGCCGAGAGCUGGGGAGCCGGGGUUCCCGGCGGGACCCCGCCGUUAGCGUCAGUAAGAACAAGCGCGUUUGCUGCCCGGGACUGGAGUUUCUCCGAAAUGUGUCUCCCGAGCCCCCAGGGUCCUUGCAGCUGGAAGGGUAGAUGUAAAAAAGCUUUUUUUUUUUUUAAUUGUGAACUCAGUCUAAGGGAGUGUCGCCAUUACAAACGCAGAGGGCUGUGGUAGUGUUUUCUUACACUUCACUGUUCCUCGUAGAGACCCGUGCUGAGCAGUCACCGAAGUCGUCCCAUGUGAGACAAACGACCCCACGAGAGAUUUGAUGGAAGCAGAAACCAAAACUCUCCCCCUGGAGAAUGCGUCCAUCCUCUCAGAGGGCUCCCUGCAGGAAGGCCACCGAUUAUGGAUUGGCAACCUGGACCCCAAAAUCACAGAGUACCAUCUCCUCAAGCUCCUCCAGAGGUUCGGCAAGGUGAAGCAGUUUGACUUCCUCUUCCACAAGUCGGGUGCUUUGGAGGGACAGCCUCGAGGGUACUGUUUUGUCAACUUUGAAACUAAGCAGGAGGCGGAGCAAGCCAUCCAGUGUCUCAAUGGCAAGCUGGCUCUGUCUAAGAAGCUGGUGGUGCGAUGGGCACACGCGCAGGUAAAGAGAUACGAUCAUAACAAGAAUGAUAAGAUCCUUCCAAUUAGUCUUGAGCCAUCCUCAAGCACUGAGCCCACUCAGUCCAACCUAAGUGUCACUGCAAAGAUAAAAGCCAUUGAGGCAAAGCUGAAAAUGAUGGCAGAAAAUCCCGAUGCAGAGUACCCAGCAGCGCCUGUCUAUUCCUACUUUAAACCACCAGAUAAAAAAAGGACUACUCCUUAUUCUAGAACAGCCUGGAAAUCUCGAAGAUGAUGAUUGUGAAUUACCAUAGCAGCGCAAGCGAAUUGGUCUCUACACCUGAAGUCCUCUGCCUUUGUACCUUGUAGAUGUAAUUGGUACUGUCUGACAGAGCACAGUCACAUGUUAGUUUGGUAGCAUAACAUUUUUGGAUGUUCUUAUGGAUGUGUCGUCCUUGAAGUAUGUGUGGAAUUGAGCAUCAUCCAGAAUAAAUAGGAUUGUCUCCAAAACUUGUGAUUUGAACACUGGGAUGCUCUAGUUGGCUGAUCUGUUUGGAUUUGUGACUCCAGAAACCAUAUAGUGUGCCAGAGAAAAAGGCAAGCACACAAAAUGUUAUUAUUCAAACCAGGAAACUAAAUUUAUUUAUGUCCAUCAAAAAAAAAAAUGAGCAUUUUUCUGUGCUCUCAUGUCUUCACAACAUAAAGAAAAAGUAAAAAAUGGUGGGAAAUGGUAGAUUUUAAAUCAUGUUCUGAACUGUUGUUGCAGAAUUUACUAUGAAAAUCCCUCCAAUUGGACUAAAAAAAGAGAACGUUCUUGGCAAAAGGGAGAUGAUUCUUUGAGCAAACAUUGUAGUGAUCUGUUUAAAAAUUAUGCUUGUUGUUUCAAAAUCCCAAUUAGGAAAACAUGGUGUAUAUCUUAAAAUUGUUCGCAUCAACAAAAUUGUAGAAUCAAAUUUAGCAUUUUAUACCACAGUGGAAGUUCUGUUUAGAAAUCUAACUCUUAUUCUGUAGUAAUCAUUUUUAAAUAUAAAUAAUACCGCCUUCUAUGAUACAAGUAUUAUUAACGUGGGAUUUAUAAAAAUGCACUUACUGCAUGAGAUUGUUUCAUAGCAUGAGACUGUUGUGUUUGAAAUUGUAUCAUGGUCAGUCUAAAUAGCAGAACAAAAUUUCUCUGAAAACAUAAACGUUGCUAUAGGUCACUAUCAAAUACAUUAUUUUCUAAUAAUUGUGUAGGGUCCGAGUAGAGGAGAGCAAAUGAUCCUGUCUGUGUAGGAUGAGGAAGGCCAUGCCCUGAGCCCUGGAAGUCGGUGGAGCAGCCACUCUGGCACCAGGAUUGUAAUGAGAAUGACUCCUCGUUCAUAGGACAUACUUUCCCCUCGAUAUUUUUGCCACUUUGAACAUCCUACAUACAGCAGUAUAUGGAGAGAAUUAUGCCAACAGAUUUGGGGCAUGGUUUCUUGAGCACAGUUGUAGUCUUUUUGACGCCAGGUUUGGCAAACUUUGGCCAGGACCAUUGCUCCUUUACCAGGGAAUCCCUCUGUUACUCCGGGAACCAUUCAGGUGAUCACAGACUGUUUAUCACUCUGAUUCCUUGCGCGAGGAAGCUUUUGUUAGAGGAACUUAAGCAUCGUGAGGUUUCAGGAUUCACCGAACUGGUGUAGAGAAAUUCUUACCACUUUUCCCAAGGUUAAUCUUUUUAGAUAUCUUUAGAUAUAAAAUACUUUCUGCAUUUAUUAACUGUGUUUAUCUAUGAUGCAAGUAUCUCCUUCCUUUUGGAGGAUGGUUCAGGGAGGUAGGAGUACUAUCUCCCAUUUUUCUGGUGACUCCUUGGAGUACGGAACUCACCAUUUUAUCCUUAAGUCCUCAAAGGGUUUUAGUGGAGUAGAACUUAAUGCAAAAUAGUCUUCUAUUUUUAAUAGGAACUUAGAAAAUACUUACCUUAGAAGUAUAUAGAGUUUUUCCUUUAGAAACCAGAGUUAUUUAUUUGUAUUUAAAGCAAUGUUUAUUAUUUGUACCGAUUUCUUAUCCCUCUGUGUGAAUAAAUGCAAGACGGCGUCUGUG